GACACUGUGCGCUCGGAAAGACGCACAGAGAGUCUCUCUCUCUCUCUCCCACACAGAGACACAGGGUGGGCUACUCAUGUCCGGCGGAUUGCACGCGACACACGGACAGCAGGCUUUGCGCUAACCUUCAUCUCCAAGUGACACUGGUGCCAAAUAGCUUCUCCCACCAUGAACUCCUGUAUGAGCCAUUUGAAACAGGUGGCAGUAUAUGGGAUGAUCGCCUGGAUUCUCUUGUUCCUAUUGGUCUUCACGUACAUCAUGCAAUCACAAAGAGAUAAUAGCCAGUCUUUGAAUUUCUACAAAGAGACUCACCACCUUACCCCCGUGAAGGGCAGCGGUGUUAUUAUGGCUUCAGAGCAGGACAUCGCUCUCCUAAAGCAGGACCUCAAUCUAAGGAAUGCAGAAGAAAAUAAGGAAAGUUACCUAACUGAGGAGUACAGAAGGCAGGGUGUUACCACAGAGGGACAUUCUCCCACUCUAUUGAGGAGCAAAGUGAGAGACUCGCAGCCUUUGGAGUCAAAGUGGGAGGGAGAUGCCCAGGGGUCUGCAGGUCAGCAGCACAGCCAGUCAAAGCUGCAGUACAGAGGGAUGAGUUACUUCUCGAGGAAUAGGUUACUGAUGAGUAGCUUGUGGAAGGGCAGCGCAUCGCAACAUAUGUUAAGUUCACGGCUGCAGAGAGUGAUUCACUCAUACAAGAAUUUGAACAAGCAUGGUGUGGUCUACACAAGGAAACGCUCGAGUAAGCUGAGUGGGCAGGAGCUGCACUGUGAAUUGAAGAAGCGCGUUCAUGUCCGGACACUGAACGGGAGCGAAGCACCCUUCUCCAGACUUGGUUGGAAGGAGCUGGUGCCACAGAGACCUCUUGAUCAGCUCUUUGAUCCAAAAUUAAAAACUUGUGCCGUGGUCGCCUCCGCUGGGGCUAUCCUGCGCUCUUCUCUGGGAAUGGAGAUAGAUAACCAUGACACCGUGCUCCGCUUCAAUGCAGCACCCACAGAACGAUACGAGAAGGACGUCGGCACUAAAACCACCAUCCGCAUCAUUAACUCCCAGAUCUUGGCCAGCUCCACCCACUGGUUCAACACCAGCAGUCUGUAUAAAGAUGUAGCGCUGGUGGCAUGGGAUCCAGCACCAUACGCUGUAAACCUGGAGACGUGGUAUACAAAUCCGGAUUACAACUUGUUUGGGCCAUAUAAAGAGCACCGCAAGAGUCAUGCUGAGCAGCCCUUCUACAUACUCCACCCCAGCUUCAUCUGGGAGCUGUGGGACAUCAUACAAGGUAACACAGAUGAGGACAUCCAGCCGGAUCCUCCUUCAUCUGGCUUCAUUGGCAUUAUCCUGAUGAUGAUUCUGUGCAAGGAAGUCCAUGUAUACGAGUACAUUCCCUCAGUGAGGCAGACGGACCUCUGCCACUACUAUGAACAAUACCGUGACGACGCAUGCACCCUUGGGGCCUAUCACCCUUUGCUGUACGAGAAGAUGCUGAUCCAGCGCCUGAAUAUCGGCUCAGAGGAUGACCUCAGGACAAAGGGCAAAGCCACGUUGCCUGGGUUCAGCACAAUGGACUGUGGGGCCUGACCAAGGCGUGUAGAAUCUGAAGAGUUCAGACCGCGGUAGAAAAACCACUCCUGUGUCCUUAAAGACACAUUGUGUAGCAGAAGAAUCUGAAACCUAAACCUCAUCCCACCCUUUACAAACAAUAUUUUGGACAAAAAAAUCUAAUAGGAUUUAAUCAAUUCAUGUGCAAAUCUAAAGAAACACUAAUAGAGAAAAUAAGAGAUCAGUGGCUAUAAGACUGGUAUGAAGACGUUUGACGUCUGCUUUGGAAGUGAACUUUUAAACCUCUGCGAAGGGGCCUUUUUAAUCCCAGGUGUCCUUUUUUUGUGUAAGUGGACUUAGGAAUGGGAUUUUUUGUGUAGGGGUUAGGGAUGACAAGGUAUGGUAAACUGUAUGGAUGCAGUCUUUACAUAAACAUUUUAGUAUGUAGUGGUGAUUUACCAGAUACAGUAGCAUGUGUCCAGGUUUGUGGUGCAAGAACAUCGUGGCUCUUUUAAACACAAGGAUGGUCAUGCCUUACUUCUACAGCCUUUAAAAACUGGUACCUGGGAGGCCUUGUGGAUUUUAAGCAUUUCUCUUGCUAAGUAUUAAAAAUCCUGCUCGCAAGCUCUCAAAACCUAAUUAGUAAGUUACACAGUGAUUGGAACUGGAUUUGAAACAAGAUGUCUGCAAAAGCGCAUGCAGUUCUCAGAAUAGAGAUUCAUGUAUAUAUUGAUUACGAGUUUACUUUUGAACCAGAACAUUUUAGACUACAGGUUCCUGGUUCAAGCACCAUUGCUUUAGUAAAAUAAUGAUUUUACUACCAAAUGAUUUUUUUCAUACUCAGUUAACAAUUAGUAAUUGUAUUUUACAAUAUAAAAAACAUGCAGCAGUGGUUUUGAAACAUUGCAGAGAAACAAUAAGUAAAUUACUAUUAUGCAGUUUUAGCUUGUAAACACAUAUGUAUUCAGAAUAACAUUUUAUAUUUCUGCAAUGAACUGGCACCCCAUCCAGGGUCGAGAUUGCUUAAAGUCCUAUGCUUCCAGGACAGGCCUUGGACCACAGCACCCCGGUUUUAGGGGGGAGAAGGAAAAAAUGCAAAUUAGCUGCAUUUACAAUUCAUUGGUUGUUUACCUUUAAAUUAACACACACACACACACACACACACACACACA